UAAAACAAAAGCAGGCUGGGCAGGAGAUGCAAGCAGCCCAGCCCGAGCUGGCCGGCGGGGGACGAGGCAGGACAGUUACAGGCUCCUCCAGCCCUCCCAUGCCUUGUUCCCAGAAUCACACUGAUUUCACCCCAAAAAAAAGGGAAUCAAAAUAAGGCUCGAGGCUGGGCCACGCAGGGAAUCAUCUACCUGCGACCUGCAAACGGGCUGGGACCUGCUCUUAUUUAUUCCUGCGAAAAACGAAACGAUCUCGCCUUCUUUUUUAUUUUAUUUCAUUUUAUUUUAUUUUAUUUUAUUUUAUUGACCUGGCAUUGCAACAUUUGCGGGAACUGGGGAACUGUAGAAGUGGGGAGGAAUUGGGAUUGUCCCCAAAGCUCCCAGAAAGCAAAGCCACAUUUGCUUUGUUGUUUGCGGAUCCAACAGCGGGUUCCCUGGGAUAUUGGUUAAAAUCAUAAUCAUCAUUAUUAUUAUGAUCGUUAUUAUUAUUAUUAUGGUUAUUAGUAGCAUUAUUAUUUCUAUCGUUAGCAUCUUCAUUUUUAUGGUCAUUUUUUCUAUGAUUAGUAUUAUCAGCAUCAUUAUUAUGUCGGGCUUCUUCUUUAUUUUUAUUAUGUUGGUAUACUUUGUUAUUUUAUUCCUGAUUGUGGUUAUUCGGGUGGAUUUGAUUUCCUAUUCAUUCCUCUUUCCUAUUAAUUUCGUUCAUCGCAAGGGAGAUCCAAGCGCACGCCUGCGCCCUUAGGAAACCCUUGCACCCCUGUGCCUAUCAGAUGGACCUCUCCAUUCAGGCACUUUUUAUAUCCUUCGGGGUUAGCAGCAUUUAACGAGUCCCAGGGUCCGGGAUUUUAUUUUUCAAGCCACCGGGUUUUUCUACUAAGCUCAUGGUAGUUGUUCCCCUCGUGCGGGCGGGCGGGACGGGGUGGGCGAGCCCUGGAGGAGACCAUCACCCAGCCCAGCUCCCAGCACCCAGCACCCACUCAUCUCCCCUGGCUGCAAGGAGAGUUUUAGGCCCUCCAGGAUGAAUAGGAUUUCUUCAGGGACAUUAUGCAUCAGUUUGAGAAAUGGAGCCGAGAGAAACAUAGCCAUAGGCAGGCAGUACAAAUAAAUGAUCUCCGAGCUUUGUUGUGAACGGGCAAAGGGGUGUGCUCUACACACAGACAAACAGGGUUUAAAAAAAUAAUUAAACAUGAUGUCUAGAAGACAUAAAUAGAGUCAUAGACUAUAGAGCACCCCAAAUAAAUAGAAGAAAGAAUAGGAUACGAUAGGAAACAGAAAAGAAGAAAUAAAUAGAGUAAUGUUAUAUCAUAGAGCACCCCAAAUAGAGUAAAGAAUAGGAUACGAUAGGGAAUAGACUAGAAUAGAAGAAAUAAAUAAAGUCAUAUUAUCUAGCACCCCAAAUAAAUAGAAUAAAGAAUAGGGUACGAUAGGGAAUAGAGUAAAACAGACUAGACUAGAAUAGAAGAAAUGAAGUCAUAUUAUCUAGCAAAUAAAUAGAAUAAAGAAUAGGAUAUGAUAGGGAACAGAAAAGAAGAAAUAGAGUAAUGUUAUAUUAUAGAGCACCCCAACUAAAUAGAAUAAAGAAUAGGAUACGAUAAGGAACGAAACAGAAGAAAUAAAUAAUGUUAUAUUUUAGAGCACCCCAAAUAAAUAUAAUAAAAAUAGUAUACAAUAGGGAAUAGAAUAGAAUAGAAAAAUAAGAACAGAAGAAAUAAAUAGAGUAAUAUGAUAGUAUAGAGCACCCCAAAUAAAAUACAAUAAAGAAUAGGAUACGAUAGGGAAUAGAAUAGAAUAGAAUAGAAGAAAUAAAUAGAGUAAUAUUAUAUUAUAGAGCACCUCAAAUAUGUAGAAUAAAGAAGAGGAUACGAUUGGAAUAGAAGAAAUAGAGAGUAAUAUUAUAUUAUAGAGCAACCCGAAUAAAAUUGAAUAAACAAUACAUUAGUAUACGAUAGAGAAAAGAAAAGAAAAGGAUUUGCAUUCACAAUCAAUGCAAACCGUGGCUAUAUUUCUAUAUUAAGCUAAAUAUUUCCACAAACAUGCUGCCUGUGUUUGAAUCCGUUAGGGACAGAGGCGAGGAGAGCCCGGUCGUGCCUGCAGACAGAUGGGCAGGCGCUGAUAAGGGGUGCUGAUACUCCCGGGUCUAUCUGGAGCGGAUGUGUCCGCACGCACACACGUGCGCGUGUGUGAUGUGUUGACACCCCGUCCCCCCUGCCCCGCACGCCGGGCUCUGGCCCCCCAGGAGGUGGGGGCCCAGGGGCAAGGGCAGCAGGGGCCGUGCUGCGGGCUCCUGAUUGGCUGGGGGGGGGAGGUAGCUGCACAUCUCUCCAUCUGCUCCGUCUAUCUCGGUGCAGAUCUCCCCCGCUCCAAAGUGCCGUUGGUCUAAAGGAAGCCGGGCGAGAGAUCCCCUGGGUUGUUGUGUUGGUGUUUUUCCCCUUCCAGGAUUUGAGCCGCAUGAUACGGAUGAGGGUCGCCUUCCUCCCCGCGAAGUCGUGAGUAUGCUGGCGGUGGGAGGAGUGAAGGCAGCCUGACACCGAGAGGUCUUUUGUUGAGACAGGAGACUCGAGGUGUUCCUACUUAACUAUGACAGAUGACGAUGGAGAGGCCGCCCGCCGCGCUGCCCCGCAGUGACCCGCGCGAUGCAGACAGCACGAGCGAGCCGGAGCCGGAGCCGGAGCCGGAGCCGUCGGGCGAGCGCGGGGCCAUGGAGGCGCCGGGAGCCCCGCAGCUGCUGCUCAGCGGCGCGAGCGUGGAGGGCGGGCGGGCCUCCCCCGGGCCGCCCCCGGCCGCCGUGCCCGUGAUCGAGCUGGUGCGCAGGGGAGGCGCCGCCGACAUAAAAGGCAGGGAGGCGCCGGGCGACGCGAUGCAGAGAGCGCCGGGCGCCGAGCUGUGCCGAGCCGCCGAUGCCGCCUGCGACGCCCGCAUGGUGCAGCUGAGCCCGCCCGCGCUGCCGCUGCCGCCCGCCGGCAGAGCCAUGCUCUACAGCCUCGGCCAGCCGCUGGCCACCAUCAACAGCGGGUUUUUUGGUGAUCCAGACAGCUUCUCCAUGUACACCAGCAACAGAGUGAAGAGAAGACCUUCUCCUUAUGAAAUGGAUAUCUCAGAGGGUCCCCAUACAAAAGUGGUUCGCCGCAUUUUUACCAAUAGCCGGGAGAGGUGGAGACAGCAGAACGUCAACGGUGCCUUUGCAGAACUUCGCAAGCUCAUCCCAACGCACCCGCCGGACAAGAAGCUGAGCAAGAAUGAAAUCUUACGUCUGGCUAUGAAAUACAUCAACUUCCUGGCCAAACUGCUCAACGACCAGGAGGAAGAAGGAAACCAAAGGGGCAAAGUGAACAAAGACACUGGGAUAGUCCAAGAAGACCUCCUGCAGGACAUGUUGUCUCCAAACUCUAGCUGCGGAAGCUCUUUGGAUGGCGCAGGAAGCCCGGACAGCUUCACAGAAGAGCACGAAGCGUUAGAAACCAAGCAUACGAGGAACCUCCAUCACUCCAUCCUCCCCGUAGAAGGCAACGCGCAGCGAUGAUGAACUUCCCAGUCGCUCGUCGAACUGAGAGGGGAAAGCGAUUGGAUCUGGACUCUUACAAUUUCUUGCUCCGCAUCUCCCAGAAGAAAGGAGGGACUUCGGUUCCUUCAGUUCUUGCAGUCCUGGAACUGGACGGAGAGCGAGUUGUUAGAGAACACGACCGAGUCAAGCGGACGUUCAAUAUUUAGGUACUUGAUCAGACACUGAAGAAAAGCUCUGACAUCGUCUUAGUGUACAUAUUGCUCAUGAUUUAACACAGGCAAGGAGAAAAACCAGGCUGUCACCUCUUUAGCAUUCAGAAGGGUCCCCCCCCCCCCCCCCCAAAAAAAAAAAAUUAAUUGAUGAUAACCUCUCUUAAACCAGAGUGCACCUGCAACAUGAAACACGGCCCCUUCAUUCACUGCCAGGCUAAGCCACAAAUCCUCUCCGACUACACAUGGCAGCAACAACCACUGUAAAUCCCUUCGCAGUAUUUUUGGCAUGUCUCUGGCCCUUCAUGAAGUAUAUGCAACUUGUCUGGAUGGAGACUAUGGCAAUACGUUUUUGUUGUCUGAGAGCUUUUGACUGUACCUUUCUAGAGAGGUGAUAAAAUUCCUCUGCAAAAAAACCCAGAAAACUAUUGCAAGGACUGAGACUUUUUUAAAAAAAAAACAAAAUCUAAUUGAACUUUGGAUUGUUUGCGGUGUUGUAUUUAUGAUGUGGAAUUACUUCUGUUUAAUACCGUCAUGCCGUAUCUGCUGAACAAAAAGGUACAUUGAUGUUUUCUUCUCUUCUCCCUGACACAACUGUACCCAUUAUACAAAAGAGCUUAAAUCCCAGCCCUGCUGAAGCCAAUGAGAUGAUUCCGAUUGGCUUCUAUAGGGACAGGACUUGAUUCAAUGAUUAAACGUUUCAUUAAGGGCAAGCAAACAUUUGCCAGUGAUUUUUUUUUCCCCCCCCUUUGGAAUUGUCAACCUGGUUGCUUUUUUUCCCCUUCGUUUAAAAAGAAAAAGAAAAUGGUGGAAUAACAUUGUGCGUGUAUGUCUAUGAGAGAGAUAAAAAGGUUUUAAUUAUGGACUUUCAAUGGUUUGGUUUCAUUGUAAGAACAUGAUGACUAUUUUGCCUAUACCAGUUUUGUUCAAUAGCCUCAUAGUUUGAGUCUGCCUCUUUGCUUCCAGUCACUGGGAAUCUUGUUUGCUCAAAGACUGCAGGCUGGGGUGGUCUUGAUGUUGGCUGUAGGAUGGGGUGGUCUUGAUGUUGGCUGUAGGUUGGGGUUGUCUUGACGUUGGCUGUCAGCUGGGGUGGUCUUGACAUUCUCUCUAGCAAAGCAUCAAGCCCCAAGGCUCAUAGAAAUGCAUGUAGUAGUUCCCAUGAAUUUGGUCCCUUUUUAAGCUGAUGGCAACGUACAACCAGAUGCACUGAGAACAGGAAUGAAACCUCCAGUUGCAGCUUUCUAUUAAACACUUUGAACAAGCACAAUUUAAAGCCAUGGGCCAGUUUCUCAACUCCCAUGAACUGGUAUUGUUCCAGUGACUCCAUGUGCUAUGAUGUUCGGCAUAGGUGAAGUAGUUAGCCCAUGAACUCAACCCAUGGACUGCACAAUUUAGACGGACCCCCCACUAAUUGCUAAUGCAUGCUAGAGCAGUGACACCAUCCCGUCCUCUGCCUCCAAUCCCCAACUCUUUCAUAACAAGGCUCAUUGUUUGAAGGGGAAAUAAAUAGUGCGAGGACACAGUGCACAACCUGUCCUCUUACUCAUGACAGAGUGUGAGGGACAGGGAAGUGACGAUGCUUCAGUGGGUGAACACUGAGACCUGAAAGUUGACUUAGUUGAGAGUACGGUCAACCCUAUUCUUAUUCUGGGGUACAAUUAUCUCCUCUUCUCCUUUUCCUUUUUAAUGCCAGCUUAAUGAAGUGAGUUAAUACUAUUUGGGGAACCAAUAUGUGUGUGGUCAGCUUUCUUCCCAGUUGUGUGUGUCUAUUUAUGAGAAUGUAUUUCCCCUAAAGUGUGACCCGCUGGUAUUUUUAGGGUUAUUGCAAUCCAGCCAAUGCUCCUAAGGGAGACCUUGAAGUCACAGGGGGUUGGCGUCUUUAUGAAGCUUAAAUUGCUUAUUUGCAAUGGACUUAACCCACUUUGCACAUGCAUCACUUAAGUCUGCAGACAGCUCAUAAAGUGGGACUGGCUGACGUGAUCCAUUAGGCCGGGGGGGAUUUCACCUUCUUGUAUUCUCUGGGAGUCAAUAGGAGGGGUGUCAUGGACUUCACCGGGACUGAGACAUUUGGGGGCGGGGAUGAUGGUGGGCUUCCAGCGAUGGGGGAGAUGUGGAGGGGGUAGGAAGCCUGUGGCCAAGAUGCAGUUUUAUCAACCUUUUAAGGUUUUGAAAUAAUAAAGACUCUUUUACCUCUUUUCCCAUUAUCUCUUCCAAGAAAAAUAAUUUAACACAUUGGAAAAUCUCCUUCUCCCCGGACUUCUUUAUAUGUAGCUGAAGAGAUGGUACAACCUUUCAACAUGCACACACACACACACAAUCUUUGUAGCCUCUUAGCAGAAUACAGCUUAAAUCUAUCUGGGGUAUGUAUAGUGGUAUUUUAAUUGUGAUUUGAAUGGUACAUCUACUUCUCCAUCUCUUCUCCUGCCUGCUCCUUGUCUCGGUAGAUAUAACAUCGCCCUGGUUAUGUUUGGAAGCAGCACUUUCAGUCAAUGUCGUACCGUGUGAUUGAAUUCUCUUUGGGUUUUUUUCUUUUCCGGCCCCUUCCUGUGGUUUCUGCACUUUUCUGCAGAAGUUAAGUAACCAGACCUGGUACCCUUAUUAUCUUUGUAAAGCCGAUUAGGCAACCCACUGUGGAUGUGCUAUUUAGAAAACACAUUUGUUGUAAUGUGUGUGUACAUACGAAUAUAAAUAUAAAUAUAAAUAUAUAUAUAUAAUGACUAUAUCAAGAAUAUUUCUAAAUAAAGUUUUACAAAUCA